CUUCUGCCUCCUCCACCAGUACCACGGAUAACAGAGGACACCAACCCAGUAGACAUGAAGUCUCUCCAGUGUCCCGCUACGGUGCUUCUCCUCGCCACGAUUCUCCUUCUGGCCUCUCAGACAACCUCUUCUCUCAGUAUGGACCGCAUGCAGAAGCAGCGCACGCCAGCUACUGGAUCCAUGUCACAAGAAUGGAGUAAGCGUGCACUUGAGGACCUGCUAUCCCAACUCACACUGCCAGAAGGUGACAGCCAGCAGGAGGCUGAGGUGGUGUCCAUGGUGACAGGGGGAGCCGGGACGGAGCUGGAGCGCUCUGUUGAUAAUACCCCCGAGACACUCCAACGAGGACGCAAGGCUGGCUGCAAGAACUUCUACUGGAAGGGCUUCACUGUCUGCUAACAACAACCUGACCAGUCAACACCUUGCUAGCUGGUACUCUGGGACCACCCCCCUCAGCAACCCGACCAAUCAACUCCUUGCUAGCUGGCACUCUGAGACCACACCCCUGAGCAACCUGCCCAAGUAUUGGUAACACCCUGCUAGCCGUUUAGUAACGGGCGGUUUUUAUUGGUGUUGAGAUGCUCUGCUAGUUUAUUACAAAAUGUAUAAAUAAAUUAAUUUAUUCAUUAAAUAUAGAAAGCAUAUGAGCUGUCCGUUUUUAAAACAAGA